AUGGUCCGAUUUUCCAUGAUUGGGAGCUAUGUGCUCGCGACUGUAUUGUCUCUGGCAGCCGCCGCACCGAGCGACUGUCUAGAUGGACUCUGUCUGAAAACACGCGCCACCCUCAGUCCGCUACAAGUCAGUCGUGAGCUGGGCCCGCUCCUAUCAAAAGACUCCAGUGUCUUCGGACCCAGCGACCCGCGUUGGGCAAAUGCCACAGCUAGGUAUCAGCAGUAUGCUGCUCCUCAGUUCACCUUAGUCGUUCAGGUUGCACGUGAAUCCGAUGUUUCGACCGUUAUUAAAUAUGCCAACCGCAACAGUUUGCCAUUCUUGGCAGUUAAUCGAGGCCAUGGUCUACCUAUUUCUCAGGCCAAAUUCCGUGGUUUGGAGAUUGAUAUGCAGCUUCUUACCCAGAUCACCAUACGCCCUAACGGGGAGUCCGCCCUUUUCCAAGGAGGAACGUACGAUCAACAAGUCAUGGAUACUCUGUGGGAUGAGGGCUACGUAGCCACUACUGGUAGCUGUGGUUGUGUUGGAAUGCUUGGUCCAGCUUUAGGCGGCGGACAUGGACGCCAGCAAGGCUUCUACGGCUUAAUUAGCGAUAAUAUUCGCAAGCUGAAUGUCGUGCUCGCGAACGGCAAGGCCAUUACUGUUUCUAGCACAUCUCACCCCGAUCUCUUCUGGGCAAUGAGAGGCGCCGGUCAUAAUUUCGGAGUGGUGACGAGCUUUGAAAUGAGCAUCUACCCGAGCCAAGUUGACUCGUGGUAUUACAAGAACUACGUAUUCACGCAGGAUAAGUUAGAGACUGUCUUUGAGCAGUUGAAUAAAUUGCAAAACAAUGGAACUCAACCAGUCAAAAUGGCCGCUCAAUACGGUCUUUACUUGAUGGACCCAACCGUUAGCAGCACUGAGGCAGUUAUCUGGUGGAGUUUCGCCUAUGCAGGCUCGCAAAGUGAGGCACAGCAGUAUCUGACGCCGUUUGAUAACCUCAAGCCGCUCAGUACUAUCGAUGGAAAUGUUCCAUUCCCUGAAGUUCCUGAUAUCCAGGGAACUGGAAUUAACAAUGCUACUUGUGACAAGGGUCUUGAACGGAUAGUCGGUCCCGCUGGACUUCAAGAGUAUAACAUCACAGCGCAACGCCAAAUCUACGAGCUCUUCAAUAAGAACAUCAAGGCCUACCCAGCACUCAUCGCCUCAGCUGUUGUAAUGGAAGGUUACUCUGUGGAGGGCGUGCUGAAGGUUGACUCGGAUUCAUCCGCCUAUCCUAUGCGUGAUGAUUACUUGCUCAUGCAAACGACCGUCUCAUAUCCCCCGGAUUCUACUCUAGAUCAAAUUGCCAUAGAAUGGGUGACCGAGAACCAGAGACUCUGGAAUGAGGGCCAGCCAACACGCAAGCCCACUGCGUAUGUCAACUAUGCAUCUGGCAGAGAAUCAUUGGAAGCUAUCUAUGGGUAUGAACCUUGGCGUCUGGAGAAACUUCGGAAGCUCAAGGCCAAGUAUGAUCCUCACGGCAAGUUUUCCUACUAUAACCCAAUCGUCUAA